GCCUACUUCUCUCUGAUUCAUUCAUGCUCUUUCGUUCUCCGUCUCUCCUCUCCACCCUGUGAGGUUCUAUUAGAUCUAGAAAAUAUCUCGGGUGUUCGAGAGAGAGAGAGAGACGUGCGUUCAAACAAGUGCUUUUACAUGUAUGUAUGUAUAUAUAUGUAUAUUGUACCGACAAUCUCACAGAUCGAACCAAUCGUUGCGGUAUGUGUGAGUGUGAGAGAGCGAGAGGGAGAGGGAGAGGAAUCAUCACUGGUUUGAAUUAAUACUCGAGAUUCCUGAGUGGCUGCCAUUGUUGGAGCUUGAUCGCAGUGAGGUUUCUGCCAAAUCUUCUUCGGAAAAUAGUGGAUGAUUUGCUGGAUCCAUCCUGCAUUUUCUCGAUCGCCUCUAUAUGUCAAGGUAUUGCAGAUUCUGAAGCAUGGACGACGUUUCCAAAGGAAAAGAAGAUCCACAAGUUGAAACCUUCCAUUGGAAUUCAAAACAUAACUCCACCAUUUGAUUCCUGCAGAAACUGUAAGCAAUGGCAUAUACUACGGUGAGCAUCCCUUCAUAUUCUGCCGCAGCUUCUGCAACAUUGAUGGACAUGGCCAAAGACCAGAAUGGUCUCCGGCGAUCAAGGUCCCACAAGGAUCUGUAUAGGCAUUCCAAGAUGCGAAGGUCUUACUCCGACAACCACCUAUGCCAUGCCGUCACCGGCGUCCAAGCCUCGGUGGUGGAGCCCAAGUUAAAGAGCAGUAGAUCCAUGGGGAUCUUCCCAUUUCAACUUUCGGGUUCGGUUCUUUCGAACUCACUUCGGUCCUUCUUAUUUGAUCCAGAAACAAGCAAGGACAUGAAUUUGAUGGAGAAGGAGAAGGAGAUUAGUAUUGUAGAGGAAAGUAAGAGUGAAAGUGGUGUGGAAGAUGAUGUGAAGAGGGCUAAUUGGGUAGAGAGGCUAAUGGAAAUCAAGAGGCAUUGGAGGAACAGAACAGCGAAAGAGAAUAUGGAUCCAGAUAAUGAUGAAUAUGAUGGUGAUGAUGAUGACGGUGUUUGUAUGGUGGAUUACGAAGACGACGACGAAGUAGAAGAAGGGCAAGAAGAGGCGUACGGUCGUGAGUCUUUCUCCAAGUUUCUAGUGCGAGUUCCUUGGUCCGGUACCAAACUAUACUCUCAGCUCGCUUUUCUCAGCAAUAUGGCUUAUGUAAUACCACAGAUUAAGGUAAUUAACUCAUCAAUCCUUUACACACAAUCUAAGAUCAAGGCUAAGGACUUGAGGAGAUACUAUGGUCUUCAAUUUUUAACGUCAUCUUUAGAGAAAAAAGCAGAGGUGGCUAAGAUUAGAACAAAUCUUGACCAAGACUCUACCCAAGUACCUCCAGCUUCCUCAUCAUCAGUAGAAUCCUCUCAUGAUAACUCAAAGAAGAGGCCUAAAAUUCAGCCCUCUGCUGCGUACAAGAUUGCAGCCUCAGCAGCGUUGUAUGUCCAGUCAAGAGCCAAGGAUCUUUUGUCUCUUGGCUCUAUGUCACAGAAAAAGCUUGACAACGAGGAUUCACGUGGCAGAGGAGAUGUUGAAGUUGAAGAUGCAGAAGAGGCCUCACGGGUUGCAGCUUGUGUCGCCGCGUCGACGAUGACGGCUGUGGUUGCUGCCGGAGAGAGGGAGAAACAGGAAGCAGCAAAUGACCUUCAGUCCCUUCAUUCAUCACCUUGUGAAUGGUUCGUUUGCGAUGAUUUCAGCACUUACACUCGGUGCUUUGUAAUCCAGGGAUCGGAUUCCUUGGCAUCUUGGCAAGCAAACCUCUUCUUUGAGCCCACCAAAUUUGAGGACACAAACGUGCUUGUUCACAGGGGGAUAUACGAAGCUGCGAAGGGAAUAUACGAGCAGUUCAUGCCAGAAAUAAUGGAGCAUUUGAGAAAACAUGGAGAUCGCGCCAAGCUCCAAUUCACUGGCCAUUCCUUGGGAGGUAGUCUCUCUCUUCUGGUGCAUCUGAUGCUACUAACAAGGAAGGUCGUGAGCUCUUCGACUCUGAGACCAGUGGUCACCUUUGGCUCGCCAUUUGUGUUCUGUGGAGGAAGAAAAAUACUUGACGAGCUGGGGCUGGACGACAGCACUAUUCAUAGUGUCAUGAUGCACAGAGACAUCGUUCCCAGAGCCUUCUCUUGUAAUUACCCUAACCAGGUCGCUGUCCUCCUCAAGCGCUUGAACGGCUCCUUCAGAUCCCAUCCUUGUCUCUUGAAAAAUAAGCUACUGUACUCACCAUUGGGCAAAAUGUUCAUUCUCCAACCAGACGAGAAGACAUCUCCAGCACAUCCAUUGUUGCCUUCAGGUUGUGACUUGUACGCUCUCGACGACACCAGAUUUGGUUACUCCGCGAAAGUUCUUGGGGCUUUCCUGAACCAGCCCCACCCUCUGCAAACCCUAAGUGAUCCCACGGCCUAUGGCUCCGAAGGCACCAUCCUCAGAGACCAUGACUCCAGCAACUACCUUAAAGCCCUCAACGCCGUCCUGCGCCGCCACACCAAGGUUAGGAGGCAGAGGAUCGACCACCUCUGGCCUCUCCUCGCCUCACCUUCUCCUCACUCUUGGAGCCAUGAACAAAGCAUGCAUAGCCAUGGCUUGAUCUCCAAAGAGAUCAUGACGGGGGCGUGAAUAUCUAUAUAUACGUAUCAUUCAUUCAAGAGCCUUUCUUUCUUGAUGGCCUCACCUGUAUAUCAUAUGUGCGUGCGUACUUAUGUAUAAUUUAGCAUAAAAAGUUCAUCAAACUUUGGUUGUAAGGGUGGUUGUUUUCGUGUAUAUUUACAGGUAUGUAACUUGUAUAUUUGUCAUGUAUCUAGUACCUCAUAUUUGACAAACGUUGUGAAUAAAACAUCAUUUAAUUUCA